AUGUCUCUUUUCUCUGCUUACAUUAUGACAGGAUACAGGGAUGAUAUUUGCACACUCUUCCCCUCUUCUAUGCAAUGUCUCUUUUUCUCUGCUUACAUUAUGACAGGAUACAGGGAUGAUAUUAAGCAACACUUCCCCUCUUCUAUGCUAUGUCUCUUUUUCUCUGCUUACAUUAUGACAGGAUACAGGGAUGAUAUUAAGCACCUCUUCCCUCUUCUAUGCAAUGAUACAGGGAUGAUAUUAAGCACACUCUUCCCUCUUUCUAUGCUAUGUCUCUUUUUCUCUGCUUACAUUAUGACAGGAUACAGGGAUGAUAUUAAGCACCUCUUCCCCCUUCCUAUGUCUCUUUCUCUGUCUUACAUUAUGACAGGAUACAGGGAUGAUAUUAAGCAACCUCUUCCCUCUUCAUUUAUGUCUCUUUUUCUCUGCUUACAUUAUGACAGGAUACAGGGAUGA